AUGACGCCCCGUGACGACGCCACUGCCGCCGCCACUGCCGUCGUGACGCUCGACGCCGUCGUGGCCGACCCGCACCUCCACGCGCGCUUCCUCCAGCACCUCCUGGCGUCCAACCAGACGGACUUUGCGCGGCUGCUCUUCCUCGUGAGCGUCGAAGAGUUCAAACACGUGCUCGCGUCGCCCGCCGCGUGCGACGAGGCCGCCGACGACGCGCAGGCGCUCCGGCGCCAGUACGCGAGCAAACUCAUUGCCAAGUUCAUGCGCCCCGGCGCGUUCCUCGACAUUGCGUCUGCGAAUCUCCGCAUCCUGAACAAGUCGGUCGCGAGCUUUGGGAAGCUGCUGCUGCACGACCUCAUGCUGUACAAUGGGCUGGCGGCCAAGACGGACCUGUUCCAGGACGCCGAAGUCGCGGUGAAGAAGGCGCUGCAGCCCAUUUUCCAGCAGUUUGCCGCCGCGCCGGAGUUUGCCGCGCUCGUGGCGCGCUCGCACCUCACGUACGUGGCUGCUGACGACGCAGAGACUGAGCGACUGCAGCCGCCGCUGCAAGAGGCACCGGGCGUGGACAAUGGGGUGCUGAGCGGUGACUCCGUGUCGAAGAAGAGGUCCACGUCGUCCGUGGCGUCGAUCACUGGCGCGCGGCAGUCGCACGUCCCGAGACAACGCACGGCGACGACGUUCUUGACGCUGGACCGCGUGCUGGGGAACAGGAGACUGUGCAGUGUGUUUUGGGUGUUCCUGUUCAAGGAGCGCACGCAUGAGCAGUUGAGUCUGUGGAUGGACUUUCGGUACCAGCUCCUGCCUGUGCUCGAGGACUUUAUUCGCGUCGUGCAGGCGGAGCGUGUCGACGAGCAGCAACAGAGCAAAGACGAGGCCGAUGAUGCCGACGAUCGACAAGCUGGCGAGCUCAUUGAGCAGCUCCUGGCAGGAGGCAGCCGCAUUGCAGCCAAGUAUCUGAUUGUGAGUGCUAGCACGCGCGUCACUUUUGUCGGCGAGGCCGAGCAAGCUCUGUUGCAUGACUACGAGGUGCAGGUGGCCUGUUGUCUCGAAGCUGGCAGCUUCUCGUUGGCUGACGCGGAAGAGCUGCUCCAGACGGUGGAGCGCAUCCAAGGUGUCAUUGAAGCGGACCUCAAGGUGAAUCACUUUGUGCGCUUCAUGGGCAGCGAGUCCUUCAAGUCAUUGGUCGCGUCGUACCAGAGUCGAUUGCUCAGUCCGUCGGGCUCGCCGAGCAUUCUCACAUCUACGGCAUGCGACGGCUCGAGCACAGCGUCGGACAGCAGCAUGACGACUUUGCAAGAGCUGUUCCAGUGCAUGAAUGUUGCCUCUCAUCAACCGCAGCGAGUACGGAGCAAAUCGUUCACGCUGCGCGACCUGUUCCAAGCUCAACUACGUGGCGAAGUGCAGAGCAAGUCGCUCGUCAGCUCCGUCAUGAGCUUCCGGCUAGAUGUGAGCAACCGGUCUCACCCGGAGAUCACCAAGAAAGUGCUGCACACGCUUGCGGAAUCGAGUAGCCGGAGUGGGAACUGCAGUGACCUGUACCACCACCACGCGAUCCCGGACCAUGUUGAAGCUUUCUUCCGACCUUCAGGAGCUGACGUCGUGCGGUCGACAACCCGGCCAACGCCUUCACUGUUUCACAUGACGAUUGGCAAUUCCGACAAGGCGUUUUACGGAGCCUGUCUUACACGAUACGUUCCGUUGAACGACUCGAGCAAGCUCGGUCCGUUGGAGCAAGUGUUGCAAGAGACAGAGGGACUUGAAGUGUACGUUCCCGCGGGAAUUUGCGUCAUCAGCCGGUACCCGAUCCUCGACACGCUCAAACAGCGUCUGGACUUGCUGCACGCUGCCAUGCAGGACGACGAGUCCUACCUCUCUGACGUCAAUUGGUUGCCGUCCGCCGCACAAAUGGACGACUUGCUUUGUCCGCUGGACUUCAGCUCGAUGAUGCCUCCUGACGACCGGACGUCUCUCACGGCACUUGACGACUACGUUGACUUUAGCAUGGAGGAGAUCUUUAGCUGUCUAUCCGUCGAGCACGUUGUUGCUUUGGUCACGUGCAUGCUGCUCGAGCGACAAAUUGUGCUUGUGAGCUCGCGCUACUCCGUCCUCACAGCAGUCGGCGAGACGCUCAAGAGUUUGAUCGCCCCGCUGGAGUGGAGCCACGUGUUUGCACCCAUUCUGCCCAAAAGCAUGCUCGAGUGCUUACAGUGCCCCACGCCGUAUCUGUUCGGCGUGCAUGCGAGUUAUCGCGGGGAGUUGCGCGAGAUGCUUGAGCGAGAGGGCUGUGGCGACGGAAUUGUCGUGGUGGAUCUCGACGCGGACACAAUGAGCUCUCCUGGGCGACCACAGCUCCCCGAUUCUAUUCGUGGUCCACUGACCUCGCGACUCCUCCAGCUGCUCAAGCCUCGAGUCUACUUCAGCGACUGUGUGCCCAUGCUCACCAAAAGCGAACCAGCGGCGUUGGCCUCGCAGUGCUUUCCACAAGGCCGUGUGCGCGUGCUCUUUCGGGAAGCGAUUGCAGCGCUGUUACGCACGGUGGAGGAGUUUCGGUUCGUACUGUCGGACGACUUUGACUACGUCGUGGUGUUUGACCGCAUCGCGUUCGUGCGCCACCUGCCAUCGCGCGAGCAAUCCUUUUAUCGUAGUUUCCUCGAGACGCAGGUCUUCUCUCACGAGAUCGCCUCGGUUAAUAUUUAA